AUGAUUCAUGUAUCUGAACAUAUUUGGGAUGGUCGGGUUCAUCCUAUUUUGAAGGUUAGGAAGAGCCAAUUUAUACUAGCUAGUUUAGAUGGUGUUCCACAAGAGAUCCUUCCACAUUUAGAGCUUGCGGGAUUUACUAGAAUUGCUCACGAUAUAUCUGUGUUGUUAGGUUUACGGAUUGAUGGAAAACUUGUGAUAGCACCUAUUGGAGGUAAUUAUGCUGAUAUGGUUGAGGAGAGCUUAGGAAUUCGACCAGAACAUGAUGCUUUUGUUGGUAGCUUCUUGAAGAUGAGUUGGUUAAAUCAACAUUUUACUCAUGUUGUGAUGCAUGCACAUAGUCCUUUACAUAUCACCCGAUUUGCUAAGUCUUACAUAUUGCGGUUGAUUGGGGGUUUUAUGUUAAGCGACCACUCCAACAGCAGAGUCUCAGUCAGGUACUUACCUCUACUAGAAGAUUUUGUGGUCACCGGUGAAUAUAGUUGGGGGUCUGCAAUAAUUUGGCAACCAUAUUCUGUUGAGCUAAUUCAUUCGUUGCCACCUAUAUGUUGUGAGGGAAUGGAUUUGUAG